CGGAUUGUUGACGUUGUGUAGGAAGCGGAGCAGAAUACUCUGUACUCGAGAAUACUCGACAGUGGUUCAGGAAAUGGCGAUGGCGAUGGCAUCUGCUGCGGUUGGUGUGUCGGCCGUUCGAAUCACAGUCCUCGCAGCUGCUCCUGCAGCGUGCUCCUCAGGGCGAGUUUCACAGCUCUGUUCCUCUUUCACCGGCUUGUCUUUGAAGAGCUGGAAGAAGACUCAAAAUGGAGUGGGCAUGGGCUUCUCUUGUGUGUCAUCUCCUGCCACGGUUAGACGUCCGGUCGGCUUCCCAGUUGCCAAGCUGAAGACCCACAAGGCCGCUGCCAAGCGUUUCAGAGUCACGGGCAGUGGAAAGAUUGUGAGGAGGCAAGCAAGAAGAGCGCAUUUAUUGAGCAAGAAGACCACCAAGAGAAAGAACCGUCUGUCUGGACAGGUCCAAGUAAACAGAAGGGACUACAACAACGUUAUCGGAGCAUUACCUUACCUGAAGGUUAAUAGAGCUAAUUGAUUUGUAAGAUAAGAAUUUUGCCAGUUCUUAGCCAGAGUGUAGUGUAGGUGGCCUUCAGAACAGUUGUGAGAUCCCAUGUCAUCCUGGAAAAUAGAGUUGCAGCUUGAAGGCAUUGGAACUGAUAUUUAUUAAUGCUCAUUAAAUCAAAUUCAAAUUUAAGAUCAAUGGAGAUUUCGCUGUCGAAGUGCACACAAGUUUUUGGAAAUGAGGUCAUCAAGAGCAAUUCCGAUGUUCCUCCAAAUCUCC